GUGCUCACUGUUUGCCUCUUCCCCACCGAGAACACCAUUUGGUUUCCCCAGCUGGGUCUCUAUUUAGGUACACUCCACGAACUUCCAGUGUCUGGCCAGUUUCUGGUCACUGAUUUUCCUCAGGUGGGCAGGUUUGGGGAAAAGAAGAGGUUUGAAUCUGGAAUCUCAUCUUCGGGCAGCCCAACUGACAAGGGAAAAAGUUUUGGCUGCUGGGCAGAACUGGGUUGCUGGAAAAGUCAGGGCUCUCUCCUGUUGCUGGGAAGGGCUGAAGAGCAAGCAGCGGAACUUGCGAGGAGUGGAAGGUGUUCCCUGGCUGGAGGAGGCCCCAGGACCCUCCAGGUGUGGGUGAAAUUGUCCCUAUGGAGACCAUAGGUGGGGAAGAGAAGAGGUCCUGGGACUGAGAGUGGAGGAAAUCCAACCAUCUAGGAGAGAAAGAUGAGCAGUAAUGACAGAAAACAUAAACAUGAAAAGGAGUUUUAAAACUACAGACCCUAAAACCCAGCAAGGCAGGCACCAGCAGCCCUCACUGCUGUAACAGAGAAAAAAAUCUCACUCUGUAAUUGCAUUGGAUCAACGGAAAGCUCUAAUUUUGUGAAAAGAAGGCUACAUUUAACCUUUCCAGAAUCAUUACCCGGAGGUGCACACUGACAGAGCAGAAACAGGCUUCCUAGCCAGCGGAUAAUGCAAGGGAACAAGAAGUGCAUGGAUGGGUUCAGUGACUCCUCGAGCAUUGGCAGUGUGCUGGAUGAUGCAGACAGGGAGGUGAGCAGCCUCACAGACCGGGCAUUUCGGAGUUUGUGCAUCUCCGAAGACACGUCUUUCAGUGACUCUGACCUGGCCUUGUCCCCAGAUAUCAGCCGCCAAGUGUUUGGGAAUUUUCACCAGGGCGCAGUGAGCCACACCCAUAGAAAAAGUGGCAUCUGGAGCCAGUUACCAUCACAAGGCACAGAGCAUGCUGGCUGGGCAGCCACAUUCCAGCAGCUACCUAAAUAUGUUCAAGGAGAGGAAAAGUAUCCCAAAAGCAGCCCCCCACUGACACCAGCCCAGAGAAGACUGGAGGUGCCAGUUUCUGGCCUGAGGAAUAGCAACAAGCCUAUUUCCAAAGUGUCCUCACUAAUUAAAUCUUUCGACAGGACAGAGAACCAACAAUGUGAUAGCAGGCCUCCUACCAAUAAGCCUCCAGCUAUCAAAAAUCCCCCCCAAUUUGCUCCUCUUCCAGAGAGUGGUGUCAACUUCUGCUUUGAUUCUGCCUUUUUGACUGUCAGGAGGGUACCUGCAGAAGUCUCCAGCACCCAUCAGAAUAGCCACCAGGCCAGUAGAAAGCAUGGAGAGCAGGAGUCCUCCAAGAGCCCUGAAAUGGCCUGUCAGGGCUCUAGUAGCUUCCUCCCAACACCCGAAAACGUAGCCACCUCAUUGGAGUCCAAGUUCCCACCUCCAUCCCACAAACCAGCCAUGGUAGAGCCUGGAAGAAGCAAAGAGUGGGCUCGCAAAGGCACCUUCCUUCACAGUGAAAACAGUGCUUUUGAGUCAUGGAGCACUCACCAACCAAGGCUGCUGGAGAGAAAGGACCCUGCUGAGGCUGUCCCUGAAAACAAAUCACCCAAACAUUAUGAGGACACUCCCUUGUUAAGAGAGCCACAAGCCCCUGAACACAAAGUCUCUCCCUGCCAAGUCCAGGCCAGCUGUGGUCAAGAAGAGAACAGUCUGACAGCAGCAGCUCUCUCCACAUCUGGACCCUGGAGAGCUAGGGGCCCAGGAGUUCAGGUAUUCCCUAUGGAGGAAAAAGCUUCCAGCUCAAAACCUGAUCUUCAGGUAAAGUCAACCCAGCCCCCUUGGAGAAAACCAAAGACUCGCAAAGGAGGGAAAGAAAGUACACAAGAUGCUUUAGAAGAGAAGCAGAGCAACAGGAGAGGCUCAGCCUUGUAUUCAAAGCACAAUCUCCAGGGGCAAUUUCCAGAAAAUGAUGCUCUUGACAAUGCUGUGGACCCCAAUGACUGUUAUAAUCCUCCUUUUAACAUCAGUGAGCUUCUGACCCCCAUCAUACCCACCAAGCAUGUCCUAGAUUCAUCCAACAGCCCACCAGUGGAGAUAACCCCAUUACCCCCAGGACAGCUGAAUGGAUACCAAGAGAAGGAGUCCAGUGAGUGUUCAUCUCGGGAUAGCUACAAAUCCAAAGCCCCUAGUCUCCUGUUCAACCUCAAAGAUGUGCGGAAGUGUGUUAAGAGCAUAUACAGCCCCUCGCCUCUCUUAAAAGGCCUCGAUGAGAAAACCAGAGACAAGCAAGAACCUAUGAUCAAUGGCAUCCUUCCCAAUGGGCUUGAGGAAAGCCCCCAAAAGGAACUUUCUAAGGAGAGACCAGCUGACCUUCCUUCUUUGUCACACAUCAGUACCAAGAAGGACCCUAAAGCUGAUCCUGGUGCAACUUCUGCAGAAAACUAUCUAACACUUACCUCACCUCCAGCUAUUGCCAAAGCCCCCUUCUGUGUCAGCGGGGAGGCUGCGAACCAGGACAGCUAUGAGAAGGAUGCCACCAAAGAAGAUUCAGAUUUGGGUGCUGCCCGGUCCAGCUGGUGUCCAGACUCCAGAGAACACUGCCCCAGGAAGCACCUGUCCCUGAAACUUUGCAGCAGAGAGCCUGAGGUAGGGAGAGCUGAGGAGCAACUGAAGAUCCCCAACCUAGAGAGUGGGUUCUCAAGAUCUGUCUCUCAAGAGACAGAACCCGAGAGAGAAGCAGGUCUUCAAAAUCCAAAUUUCAGCCAGAAAUUCUCCCCAGGGCCCCUUUCUCCCGAGGAAGAAGAUGUGUUUUACAGUGACAGCCAGUCUGAUUUCAUGCCAGGCCUCAAAAGUAAGGCCAAAUUCAGCACCAGCUCUUCAGAUCAGUCCUUUGCCUCAUUUGAGGAUCAGCAAAAGACAUGGUUCACUGAGAGCCAGUGGGAAGACAGGAAGAAUGAUGUGAGUACAGGUGACAGUCAGAAGGAUGAGAAGGAGAAAGUGCUGGGCAAAGAUGAGCUACAGUACUGUGCUCUCAGUAAUGGGCACACAUGCAUGGAGGAGCAGAGCAAGGGGGGAAUAUUGCAAGGAGAAGGGGAAAGUGUGUCUGGAGGGAAACCCAGGAAGCCAUUGAGGGAAGAAGCUAGUUUCAGAGGCACUUGGAUUGGGGGAAGUAAAGAUGCAGUCUUUUCACAUGCCCAAGGCAUUACCCCCUCACCAUCUUCCACUUCAAACAAGCACAUAUUGUUUGCAAUCAAAGACAACACCCUCAGGACCACCCCUGUGAUAAAACCCAUCAUGCUGCCCCUUCUGAGGGCCUUGUCCUCAGAGGACCCGCUGGGCAGUGGUCACAAAGAGGAGGAAUUGCCAAGGCCAGACUUGGGCAAUGAUGCCAGUCUUUGUGCCCCCAAGAGCCAAGAAAUGCCCAACACCCCGACAUCCACUGGUGUGAAGGGCCCACACAUAAAGAAUGUGGCCUACAAGGGCACAGAGGAACAGGGUUGGGAGUCCAAUGUGGCGAAGGUGGAGACAAAGGGGAAUGUCUCAUCUAUUCCACUAGCAGCAGAGGGUGGAGUACUGAAGUCACCCCCAGAUGCCACAUGGAAAGUUGUGGUGAAUGAUGGCAAGAGCAAUUCCACAGACCAGGAGAAGCUGGAGGCUCCAAGGUGUAUCCCUAUGAUCGCUUUGCCGGAAAGUGACAUACAAGACCAGUCACGCCCACAACAGCUCAGAACCUCUGGGGAAGAGCAGACACAAGACUUCAAAGGUCACUUUUUGUCUACACCCAGAGCAGGGCCCCCAGGGAGAAAACUGGCCACUGGUGAGAUGGCAACUUCCCCCAACACCAGCUCUCUUGAGGAGAGCAGCAUAUACUCCCCUGCUACCAGCAGUGUUUGGGAUGAUGCUUCUCAGGGCCCCAGUGAACUGGGCCUGAUGCCAGGGGAGCCUUCCCGUACCAGCCCCUGGGCCAACCGCAGCCCUGCCAGGGCUGCCCGCAGGGAGGACCUGAUGCAUGCUUUCACGUGGGAAGCCAGUUCCGACCCCCAGCUUGAGCCAUCAGCAGAAGACCUCAGGACACUCUCUCCAAGAGGUUCAUUGCUGGAUAUGGCCACCAGUGCAGCAGCCUUCCCUGAAAAAGCAGAGCCUUCUGCUCACCUAGAAAGAGUGGCUGCCAAGCCACCAGCAGUCCCACCCAAAACAGAAAAGGCCCUGAGGCGGGCAAAGAAGCUGGCAAGCAAGAGGAGAAAGACUGACCAGGCACAGGAAAUGCAUGGCAAACCGCAGGAAGAAAAGUCCUGCCUGGAAGACUCAGAGCACAGACCCUGGUCCCCUGGAGAAAGGCUGCUGCCCAGGUUCCCCGCAAUCCGUGCCCUGCCCCCUCCUCUGCACCGCCACUCAGUGUCCACCUUUUCAGAGCUAGUCAGGAGGCAGACUGGGGAGACCCAGUCCUUCAUGCCCCUAAUCCCUUACCCUGCCACCCAGAAGGUCCUCCAAGACCCCCAGUCUGGAGAGUACUUUGUCUUUGAUCUGCCGCUUCAGGUGAAAAUCAAGACCUUCUAUGACCCAGAGACAGGCAAAUAUGUCAAGGUCCCCAUCCCAUCUUCUGAGGAGGGUUCACCCGAGCCACCCUUGCCGGACAUGCUUGCUGCUCCCUAUAUGUUGUACCCUGGCAUCCGGCCCCUACCCACAACUGCCUUGAUGCCGCUGCGCUGCUCCUCUCAGCUCUCUGCCCCCACCUUCCUCAAGCAGAGCCCCGGUACCACUGAGGCAGCCUGCCCUGGGUCCCAGAACACCCACAAAGCUGACCCACAGCCAACCCCUGGGUCCCAGAACACCCACAAAGCUGACCCACAGCCAACCCCUGGGUCUCAUGACAACCCCACCAAGCACACUACAGGCCAGGCUGCCAGUGAGCCUCCCUGGAUUCCAGGGGAGGAGGAGGUAGAUGCUCCAAGCCUGGACAUCAUCUCCACCAAUGAUCUAGAGGACUUUGCCACAGAAGGAAUUUCUUGAGAAUUACAGCAGACUAACACCUCCACAGCAAAUCCAGAAGAGCUUAGCUCCCCCUCCCCCAGAACAAUCAAUUGCUUAGGCACGCGCGCGUGGGCACACACACACACACACACACACACACACACACCCUUUGUCAUUUAAGACACUUAAAGUCUCAAAGGAAGUGAAGAUUCUAACAACACCCCACCUCAAGGCACCCCCCAAGUUUCCCUCCCUGGAAGGGCAAUGCUUGCAUGAUGGCCCUUCUGAGCCCCUUCCCAGUCCCCAGAUAUGCUCCACUCCUUUUCCCUUCUCCUUUCUUCCUCCCUGUCCUUCUCCUCUGGCUCUACCACUAAGGUGGAUCCACCCUGACUUCUCAGGGCCAUUCAGUUCCAACAACGGACCCACUCCUUGUCAAGGGCAGGCUGAGGCCCCCAGAAACACUGCACGGAACACUGCAGGUCAAGCAAGCCACCCAGCACACCCCCUCGGGGUCAGACAUGCCACUGACGGUAACUUUCCCCUAUCACUCUGAGACAGCAGCCAUUACCAGCUCAGCUCAGGUGGAAGUGGCUGAGAACUGACACAAGGCAGCAUAGCAGAAAUGUUCAUUUGAAUAGAAAGAGUUUUCUUUACUGAGAAAACUUUCCCCUGAAAGCUGUUUCCUCAUAAAGAAAAAGCUGCCUUUUAAAAAGUGAAACAA